AUGGACCAGGGAGGCCUGAUAGCUGCUGAGGCAGUACAACAGAACCACCGCGUGAGCUCUGAAAGGCAUGCAGAGGAAACAAGGGACCAGCCCAAGUCAAGUCCCCACCCGCUGUACCCACAGGCUCCUCCUCCAGUGUUAGACCUGCUGGGAGGUAGAGCCUCUCACUAUGUUAACCUCGACUUUUGCGAGGACGGCCUUGAUGCUAUCCCUCCCUCACCGUUCCAGGAGAUGAACGUUCAGCUCUUCCCCAAGCCCUCGCCCGUCGUCCUCUUCGACCACCGCGCCGAUAAGGAGCCAUCGGUCGACCCUGAAAGCCUGGUGAGAGCAGGCGAGCCCAGGGACAAGCAAAGGAUAAGUCCUUACCUUCAGCUGUUCGUGCUCUCCUGGAGCUUCUGCCUCUUCUUCACGAGUUGGAGUUUCAUGAGUCAACUGAUGCAACAUGUCGAACAGCAUUUCGGCAAAGCGCCCGGCGCCGUUCAAGGGCUCGUGGGGUCGAUAGGAAGUAUCAAUGCGCUGAUCUCACCUUUCAUUGCGCAGUUUGCCUGCAAGACAACGACGAGAAAGGUCCGAGUUGUGUUCCUCCUGUAUUCAUUGUUCGCAGUUGCCCAGAUGGGGAAAGUUUUCACUCUGAUAGCUCCUAGUUACUCACUGCUGCUCUUCUUGAGGUUCAUCAACGGUCUUGGGUUCUCCGCGCUCUACACGCUCGGGCCGGGGCUGGUGGACGACGCUGCUCCGGCCGGAAGCUCGUCCACCUUCACAGCCAUCUACCUCACAAGCUCCAUCAUCGGCUUCUCCCUCGGCAACCUCAUCGCUGGGGAGAUGAAGGACUGGCAACAGGCUUCGUUCGCCUUCAGCGCCAUCGGCCUGCUGGCCAUGCCUGCCGUCGUCUUUGGGCUCUACAACGAGUCAAGAUUCAUCCACAGACCGCAGAAGGAGCGGGAGAUCUCGCGGCUAAGCUCGGCCAACGUCGCCGUCAACGUAUGCAAGCAUCCCUCCUUCCCCUGCUUCACGGUUGUCUCCGGCCUCCACCGCAUGGCGCUUGAGUCCUUCCUGUUCUGGACGCCCUCGUUCCUCAUGUCUCACCUUGGGAUGCGGCAGAGCGACAGCGGGAAGCUCUGUACAGUCAUGUUCCUCUUCAACGGGGUCGUCGGCGUCAUCAUGGGCGGGAAGCUGCUCGAUCGGCUGUGCGCGAGUCAGCAGCAGGAGGCUUAUCAUAGCGAGGAGAGCGACGAGAGGCGAGCCUACAUCUCGAGCAUGUUCUCAGCUACUGUAUGCGUCCUCGCCAUGCCCCUCCUCCUCUCCUCCCUCUGGUCACCGAGCCAGCUAGUCGCCAUCGCCUGUCUGUCAGGAGGGCUCCUGAUCUACAACUUCUCCGAGUCUCCUCUCAGCGGCGUCGCGCUCUUCUCGGGCAUCCCCAGCGAAUACCGUGACCAGGCCAUAGCAGUCAAGUACAUGUUCGCUCAGCUAGGAAGUUUUUCCGGCCCCAUCCUCGUCGGUUCCAUCCGUGACGUGGCAGACCUGCGCUGGUCUCUCAGCUUCAUGGGCUCGUUGCUUGCACCUAUCGUCCUCCUCCUCCUCCUCGGCGCCUGGUUCGAGCAGUCGCGCUCGACGGAGAGGAAGGAUGGGAGGGACAUGCUCGGCGGGGGAGGCAGAAAACCUUCUGAUGCUAUCAUGUGGGUCACCGAAGUAGGCGGUCCUUGUGCAGUCAACUGCUCGGCACUGAUCGAGGUGUGA